UCGGCCCUGUGCACUGCAGCAACAACGCUGCUCCAAGCCCUCCACCUGCCGCCCAUCGCGAGUUGCGCUUCGAUCCCGCGUUCGGGCACCCGCAUUCGGCUCCGCAUUGCCUCCGCCCGCUCCAACUCCAGCCCGCCCUCGCACCCGCUGCCUGCGCACCUCAGCCAUCCCCCCUCCCAGCGCCAUGUCGACCACGAACCCGCCGCAGCUCUUCCUCCUCGCCGACCACAUCAAGCUCUCCCUCCUCGAGCGCCAGCGCGCAAUCUCCCUCAACCUCUCCCCCAGCUCGCAGGACGGCCAGAUCUCGCGGUCGCUGGAGCAACUCCGCUCCGGCAUCGAAGCCCUCGAAUCUCAGAUCCACGAUGUGUCUGAUGAAUCCAUAUCCUCCCAGCUCCCCCGCCUACGUGCCCAACUCGCCGACCUGACAGCGCAAUUCACACCCUCCACCUCCACCUCGGACCCUUCCACCACAACCCUCACACCCAACGACCCCAGCCUAGCCUCCGACUUCGCCGCCGCAACCUCAAAACCCGCACGCUCCACCUCGGCGUCCCGCGCCAAGUCAAAAUCCGUGCGCUUCCGCGACGACGCCGCCGCCGCCGACGAUGACGACCCCAACCGCGCCUCCCUCUUUCCCUACCGCGACGACCCCUCCCCCACUGAUGGACCAAACCACGACGCCCUAAGCAACCAGCAAAUCCACGAGUACCACGCCCGUGUCAUCGACGAGCAAGACGCACAGCUCGACCAGCUCGGCGCCUCCAUCGGCCGUCAGCGCGAGCUCUCCAUGCAGAUCGGCGACGAGCUCGACGGGCAGGUCAUGCUGCUCGACGACGUCGAGGAGGGCGUGGACCGCCAUGCGGCGCAGUUCCGGCGGGCGAGGGGGCGCCUGGAUCGAUUCGGCCGCAAGGCAAAGGAGAACUGGAGUUUGAGCGUCAUUGUCGUGCUGAUUGUGGUGCUGGUGCUGUUGAUUGUCAUUACGAAAUAAUCGAGUUGGGUGGGCGGUGGGGGAAAUUGGUUGCGGGGGGAUAUAGACAGAGGACGGGGUGUGCGAUGUUGGAUAUGGAAAUGGAUGCAUGCAUAGACGGCGUUCGGUGUACAUGGGCUUGGCCUGGCUGGUUGACUUCGGUCCCCUGGAGGUCUCUUCUUGCUUUACGUACUGCGAAUCUGAGCCAUUGUCCCUUUGUCUCAAACC